AUGGCCGGCUGUCUUCGGUCUACCCUUUCCUACCGGACGAAAAACCGACGCACACUGAAACUAAAUACGGUGGAAGUCGACGGAGAGAAGCCGCAGUCAGCUUUAAGUCUUUGCUGCUAACGCGUACGCAGCACCGCGUUUAAAAUAUCCUCGGGAACGAUGCGACUUCUUACGAACGAAGAUUAUUUACGCGGUUUGUUUGAUUAUUUACGUGUUAGUGUUAAUAAAGUAUAAACAUUUUUUUGGGAAAAAAUGACGAAUGCAACGUUUUUACUGCUACCUAUUAUUUUUACACUAACUCUUGCUUCAGUGUGUACAAGAAGGGAGCAGUAUUAUAACCAUGAUCUUCAAAGUUGCGUAAAUUGCACGAUAUGCGAUGAUAAAAAAGGGAUGGUUGUUUUUAGACCAUGCGAAAUUCACCAAGACACUGUUUGUUCGCCGUUUAGUAAAGUGGCAGCGAUUGUACGUAGCGAAAAUGAUAUCCAUAAUCAUAGGCAUCAUCAUAUGAAUAGGGACCAUAGGAGAAAAGAAGAGCAUCUUCCGAUUGUUGAAAGUACGUUGCAAAUUUCCACUGAGGUUCCAUUUUCGAAAGUUGAAACACUCAUUUGGGAUUGGCAAGCUAUCGCGUUGAGCGUUGCGAUUUUAUCUUGUAUAGUUUUCUUUUUGGUGAUUUCGAUAUAUUCCCUUCAUCAAGCAAGACAGUGGAGGAGGUUAAAAGAAAAUUUUGAAGCUGACGUUGAGGAGCUCUCGGUCCGGUUAAGUUUAAUGGCUGCCAACUGCAUGGAAAAGGGCGAAAUCUUGGAACCAAAUUUUACACAUGAGGUCCGAGACGGUCACUACCACAACAAUAAGUGCGUCUACCUCGAACAGUUAUUAAACGUGCGGAAGGAUCCGAAUAUGAACAGCGGGAAGGUUGGAAACGUGUACAUCGAAGAGAACAAGUCGCACAUCAACGGCAAAACGUAGUCUAGUUCGAAUGGAUUCGAUAGCUCAAGAUGAAAAAAAGGAUGUGUUUCCGCCCGCCACGUGUGUCACGUGUAAAAUUCUCUACUCCUAUAACGGUUGUCGUUUAGUUUUUUUUUUAAACAUCAUUAUCCACGUGCGGGAGAGGGUGAAAAGGUUAAUUUCGAGACGUACUAUAUAUCCUCUGUAUAAGGUACUCUUAAAAGUAUUUGAUGAAUUAAUUAAAAUUAAUAAUUAAAUGUUUUUGAGAGUGUAUUCACGUGUAUAUUUGUCUAUUUAAUCGUACUCGCGCCAUCUUUAACCAAUUUUCCUUGCCACAAAAAUGAAUCACGACAGUAACUUCAUUAUUUCAAAUCGUAGUUAUACGCAAAAUAAAAUUUCCAUAACGAGAGUACAAUAAUUAAUAUAUACAUUAAUGUUAUUAGAAAAGUAGGAAAUGUACAAAUUGUGUAAUUUAUAAUAAAAUUAUGUCGCCAUCCGUUAGAUUUAAUUUAAAUAGUUAUAACUUAUUUUUUAGUUAAGUUUCAUUCGUUUUGGUUCUUCUUAAAACCGAGCUGGUCUUGUUUUAAAAGUGCCGAUUUUUUUGUGGGUAAUUUGGUUUUAAAUAAACCUCCUUAAAUCGCAUACAAUUGGAGUCGCUCUGUCAAUCUUGCCCGAAAAUAAACGGAGAGCUCGAAAUCCUCGCGCGAAUUUUAGGUUAAUUCGUACUGUUGGUCGUUUUCUUGGAAAUUUGGCAAUAUACACAUCCGGCUGUAAUUAGAACUAAAUUUACGAAGUGGUUGUUUUUAGGGGAAUCCAUUUAAAACCAAAUUACACCACGCUCAUCCCAUUUUCUUUGUAAAUAAUAUUUAUGUAUUAUGUAGAUACGAAUUAUUUAUUGUAAGUUGUGUUGGUCGCCGUUAACUGAAUAAAAUUAUUUAUUUUUAUUUAAAACAUAAA